AUGGUAUAUAUUCAUUCUCUAUUUAGAGAAAAAACAACAGGUAUUAAUGUGAAUGAUCUUGCUAAUGGUAGUUUUAUAUCAGUUGGUGACUUUGUAUUAGGUGGUGACCUUGUAUUAGGUGGUAUAGGUCCUGGAUUAGGUGCAUUUUCAUUUACUG